AGAGGUGAUUCUGUUCUUUCUCUCGUCUCCAUUCUCGCUUUCUCGCUCUAUUCCUACAAGUUACAACAAGCCCUUCAAUCCUUUAAGCAGCUCAGUCCAUAAUCGAAACCGGAUCUUCGCUUAAUCUGGUUCUCAAUAUCAAUCCCGAUGGGUUGUACUGUGAGAGAAAAGCACAUCCGAACAACUCGCAGACCUCGAUCGGUGAAAACUGACAACGAUCACGCCAGUGCUUUUGAUAGAGCAUCGAUAUCCAAAUCCAUCUUCGAUGCGGGUCUCAAACCCUUGGGUUACCAUGUGGGCGUUCACGAUUCUGGCCAAAACCCUAACCCCAACCCUAAUUUCGACGACAGUGGGUGGGGUUACUGUACUGAGGAACAAUUGGAGGAAAUUCUAUUGAAAAACUUGGAAUUCUUGUACAAUGAAGCCAUCUCUAAGCUUGUUGCAUUGGGAUAUGAUGAUGAUGUUGCCCUAAAGGCGAUACUGCGGAAUGGGCAUUGUUAUGGGGGCAUGGAUGUGUUAACUAAUAUAUUGCACAAUUCUUUGGCUUAUCUAAAUAGUAAUUGUGGAGGUGGCAGUAGUAAUGUGAAUUCGGAGGAAGCUGAACCAGUUUUUUCAGAUUUGAGGCAACUGGAAGAGUACUCUCUUGCGGGUAUGAUUUGUUUAUUGCAACAAGUGCGACCCCAUUUGACUAAAGGGGAUGCAAUGUGGUGUCUGCUCAUGUGUGAUCUUCAUGUGGGUAGAGCUAGUACUAUUGAAAUUCCAGUUCUUCCUUCACCUAUUAAUAAUAAUGGGUGUGGUGGUCCUGUUAAUAGUAAUGCUAAUGUUGAGAGUGUUAAUAGUAGUAGUUCAGUUGGUGUUGCAGUGCCACCUCUAUGUAAGUUUCAUGGUGGUUGGGGAUUUGGAAAUGGACCAGUUUCAGAGUUUCCUGCUAAUGGCCUUUUUCAAUGUUCAACAGAUGUGACUCUGCAAAGAGAUAUUGAGUGUCCAAAGAGGUUUAAUCUUAGUCCUUCCAUGAAGUCUUUGUUGAAGAGGAAUGUGGCAAUGUUUGCUGCUGGCUUUAGAGCAAGCUCUAAACAGUUGCAGACACAAUCGCAGGCAUGCCCAAGCUCUGUGUCAAGUGUGGAUGCCACAACAGGAAUUGUAUCAGGGCCUGAAGUUCCGGUCGAACAGUAUGAGGAUCCAAAUAAUUCGAAGAACCUCGAUAUGGUGAAUACAGUGUUAAGUAAAUUCCGUGAGAUGAAUCUUGAUGAGAAUUUGGAGUUUGUGGCUGAAGAUCAGAAGGAUGAGAUGGUACUGACUUUAAUCCAUCAGAUUAAGGAACUCGAUAGGCAGGUAAAAGAGCGGAGGGAGUGGGCUCACCAGAGGGCAAUGCAAGCUGCUAGAAAGCUUAGUCAUGAUCUGACAGAGCUGAAGAUGUUGAGAAUGGAGAUGGAGGAGACUCAACAGUUAAAGAAAGGGAAACAAACCCUUGAAGAUACAACCAUGAAGAGGCUCUCAGACAUGGAGAAUGCUUUGAGGAAGGCUAGUGGUCAAGUGGAUCGUGCAAAUGCAGCUGUGAGAAGGCUUGAGACUGAGAAUGCAGAAAUCAGAGCAGAGAUGGAAGCUUCAAAAUUAAGUGCAUCAGAGUCAGUUUUAACCUGUUUAGAGGUUGCAAAAAGGGAGAAGAAGUGCCUGAAGAGGCUUUUGGCUUGGGAGAAACAAAAAACUAAAUUGCAGGAGGAGAUUGGGGAGGAGAAGAGGAAGAUAGUGGACUUACAACAACAGAUGGUCCGGGUUGAGCAGGCACAGAAAGAAGCUGAGGUGAAGUGGAGGCAGGACUUGAAGGCUAAAGAGCUAGCCUUUGUACAAGUGGAGGAGGAACGACGUGCCAAGGAGGCAGCUGAGGCUAAUAAUAAAAGGAAGCUUGAGGCUCUGCGUCUAAAAAUUGAGAUAGACUUCCAGCGUCACAAGGAUGAUCUACAAAGACUUGAGCAGGAACUUUCUCGUCUUAAAGUGUCUGCUCAAUCCACUGAGCUAGUUCAUCCGUUGAAUACAUUACCUAAUCGAGACUGUGAGGGGGCAAAGCCCCAAGGAGAAACAAUUGCAAGGUUGCUUCAUGAAUUGGACAAACUGGAGGAUUCUUCAGAGAAAGGAGUGAACAGUGACAGGGAAUGCAUAAUUUGUUUGAAAGAUGAAGUUUCUGUUGUAUUCCUCCCAUGUGCUCACGAGGUCCUGUGUGCCAACUGCAACGAGGAUUAUGGGAAAAAGGGUAAAGCCACUUGCCCAUCCUGCAGGGCUCCAAUUGAGCAGAGAAUCCGUACUUUUGGUGCUAGUUCAUAGUCAUAGUUUGAGCUUGAGAAAUGGCAUGGUGAUUGGAGAGUAAGAAAGUUUUCAGGCAUAUAAAGACUGCAUUUAUCAUUUUAACCUCUGGCUUUUACAGUUUGCUUGCUUUGAACUUGCUGUGGGAGUGGGUGCUUCAUCACUCUUCAGCAAAUAUGUGUGUAAAUAAAAAGUGAAACGUGUGUUGGAGUUGCUGUCAACCAUAAGAUAAUUGAAAUGCUCUCUGCCUUAAUAUUGCCAUUGGCUUUGCAAAGUAUAUACCAUUGAAAUUUCGUAUCU